CUGGACCUGGGCACCCUCAACAAGGUGUUCGCGUCACAGUGGCUGAACGCCAGGCAGGUGGUGUGCGGCACCAAGUGUAAUACGCUGUUUGUGGUGGACGUGCAGUCAGGCCACAUCACGCGCAUCCCCCUCAUGCGGGACAAGGAGGCCGGGCUGGCCCAGGCCCAACAGGGCUGCGGCAUCCAUGCCAUUGAGCUGAAUCCCUCCAAGACGCUUCUGGCCACCGGCGGCGAAAACCCCAACAGCCUGGCCAUCUACCAGCUGCCCACCCUGGACCCCCUGUGCCUGGGCGACCGCCAUGGCCACAAGGACUGGAUCUUCGCCGUCGCCUGGCUGAGUGACACCGUAGCCGUGAGCGGCUCCCGCGAUGGCACCGUGGCUCUGUGGCGGAUGGACCCGGACAUGUUUAAUGGCAGCAUUGCCUGGCACAGCGAGGUGGGUCUCCCCGUAUAUGCCCACAUCCGUCCGAAGGAUGUGGAGGCCAUCCCCAGGGCCAGCACCAACCCCAGCAACCGCAAGGUGCGGGCCCUGGCCUUCAGCGGCAAGAACCAGGAGCUGGGAGCGGUGUCCUUGGACGGCUACUUCCACCUGUGGAAAGCCCGCAGCACGCUAUCCAGGCUCCUGUCCAUCAGGCUGCCCUACUGCCGAGAGAAUGUGUGCCUGACCUACUGUGAUGAGUUAUCCUUGUACGCUGUGGGCUCCCAGUCCCACGUCUCCUUCCUGGAUCCGCGCCAGCGCCAGCAGAACAUCCGACCCCUGUGCUCUCGAGAGGGUGGCACAGGCGUGCGGUCGCUGAGCUUCUACCAGCACAUCAUCACUGUGGGCACCGGCCAUGGCUCCCUGCUCUUCUAUGACAUCCGCGCCCAGAAGUUCCUGGAGGAGAGGGCCUCUGCCAGCCUGGACUCCAUGCCGGGGCCCGCAGGGAGGAAGCUCAAGCUUGCCUGUGGCAGAGGCUGGCUCAACCAGGAUGACGUCUGGGUGAACUACUUUGGUGGCAUGGAAGAGUUCCCCAAUGCGCUCUACACCCACUGCUACAACUGGCCGGAGAUGAAGCUCUUUGUGGCUGGGGGGCCUCUCCCUUCAGGCCUCCAUGGGAACUACGCAGGCCUCUGGAGUUAAGGAUGGACGCCUUGUUCUCAAAAUGCACAGGUGGAACCAGUCCAACUUACGUGUGCUUCGUGUAUUAGGCAGAGAAAGAAAGAGAGAGAGCGGGAGCAAGCCAGUGGGAGUGAGAGAGCACAAGUGGUCCUUUCGGCAGUCAAAACUUUGGCUUUAAAACUCUCAUUCACGUUUCCCAACAGCAGUAUGUUUUUGCCUUCUUAUUCAAAGAGUUUUGGCUAAACCUUAAUUGUGUUCUGUCUUUCGGUGAUUCACAUACCCUCCUUCUUUAGGUUGAUGUAGUCAUAGUCUUCACUACUAUUCAGUACGUUAGUUUUAUCAAUAUUGCAAUAGUGUUCAGAUCUACACAUGUUAGAUGUGUGGUGUUUUGGGGAAAUGUGAGCUACAAAGCAUCUUUGGGGUUGUUUUGAGGAACUACCCAUCAUUUAUAGCCUUACUCUAAUUAGAAAAUGCAGUUCAGGUUUUAGAUUGCCACCAUUCUAGAGUGUGGCACACACCAUUCUAGGGCGUGAUUCAUUUGGAUGUUGGAAACUCAAUGUCUGUUGUUUGUAUAGUGUUGAUGUGUAAAAUGCUUUAAAAAUAUGUUCUGUUAGUUAGAAAUCUUACAAUGUUGUUCAUACUAUUAAUCAACAAUUUUGGUUAUUCAGUAAAACUUUACUAUCCUCA